AUGGUCGGUGGUGAUGGCUUAAAGUACAAUGAUGAUGGUGAUGAUGACAUGGAUGAGGAGGGCGAGGUGUCUGUCGACCUGCUGUGUAUCAGUCCGCCCCUCAGUAAGCUGCCACUGCUGGAUGACAGUGAUGAUGACACUGACGAUGAAGAUCGCAUCAGUGGGUUGUUGCUGGUGUUGAUGCUGCCACCGCCCAUGUUGCCAAAGCUGCUGCUACUGCUGGACAUUGAUGAUGAUACUGAUGAUGACGAUAUCGAUCGCUUUGGUAUUGUGAUUGGUGCCGAUGUUGACAGCGUAGGUUUCAGAUGUCUUCCAUUAUUAUUAUUGCUACGACCAAUCAGCAUUGGAUUGGUUGUUGGCACUCUAGGAUCAUUGAUUGAUCUGCUAAUGUUUGAACUUGUACUCGUACCUGUACUUGUUGUAGUAGUACUAGUACUAGUUGUAGUGCUAUUGUUGUUGCCAGCAGGUGUCUUUGAGAACAUGUCUUUGAAUAGACUGGUCGCUCAAGAGUGA